AUAGGAGGUCCAGAUGGAUAUUUAAGCAUACAUUAGCCAAAAAAGAAGGUUGAGGGCAGCCAGUGGACUUUGUUGAGUUGUUUACAGCGGUAGGAAAUCUGGCGUCUUCAUUUUGUUACUAAUGCUAUAGUGAUCAAGCAUGGAGUCUGCUCCACCCCUAAACCUGUCUACCACCAUCAAGGUAGAGGACCUGCAGACCAUGGUCCCAGAGGAAGCACCCCAAGAAUAUACAGUGGAAGGGGAGGUGGUGACUGAGGAGGUGGGUGCUGCUGCGGAUGAGGAAGGCAACACAGACAAGGAGGAGGACAUUGAUCAGGAGCUCCAGGAUGAGGAGAAGACAGGAAAUGAAGACACAAAGGAGAAUAUUACUGCUGAUACAGGUUUACCGGGAACCAACACAAAUGAAACUGACUACAAAUGUGCUGAGUGCCAGGCUGAGUUUGUUCGUGCCAGUCAGCUGAGAGCACACGAGAGAACUCACUACGAAGAGCAGUCGUACGAGUGUGAUCAAUGUGAAGAAGUGUUUGUGAGAAUCGGCUUGCUGACGACCCACCAGAGGGAGCAACACAGGCACAGCUUGACCUGCCAUGAGUGUGAUGUCAAGUUUUCUCACUACAACAGCUACAAGCUCCAUCAACGCAGGCACAAGGGAGACAAGCCACACAAAUGUAAAGACUGUAAUAUGGCCUUUGUACAGCAGUGCCAUCUAAGUAUUCAUCGCCGAAUUCACACUGGGGAAAAACCUUAUAGGUGUGAAAUAUGUCCUCAUAGAUUUAAACAAGCAUCCCACCUCACCACCCACAUGAGGGUCCACACUAAUGACAAGCCCUAUGCAUGCACACUUUGCGAGGCGUCAUUCUCACAGACCAGCAGCCUCAAGCGCCACAAGAGGAGACACACUGGGGAGAAACCGUUCAAGUGUGACGAGUGUGGCGCCCUCUUUGUGGAAAGAAGAAAUCUCUCACGCCACCAGCUGACACAUACUGGUGAAAAACCAUACAAGUGUGAGAAGUGUCCUGCAUCCUUUACUCAGAUGAUAGAUUUAAAGCGUCAUCAAAUGUCUCACUCAGGUCUGAAGCCCUUUAAAUGUGAUAUAUGUGACGCAGCUUUCAGUAGGAAAAACAAUCUUCGCUGGCACAAGUUGACACACGAGGGAGACACACCAUACAGAUGUGAGAGAUGCAAUGUUGGUUUUAGUUUACAGAGAGACAUGAAGACCCACAUGAGAACUCACUCUGGUUCAAAGCCCUUUAGCUGUGAUCAGUGUGGAGCAACUUUUACUCAGUUUAGCACAUUGAAGAGACACAGACAAAGCCACACAGGAGAGAGGCCGUUUGUGUGCUCAAAAUGUCAUGGAGCAUUCAAGGACAAGAGUGCGCUGAAGAGACACAUGCUGCGUCAUGAGUCUGUGAGGCCGUUCAGCUGCCACAAGUGUGACUCUACCUUCAUUGAGUACCGCAACCUGAAGCGGCACAGAGUUACCGUUCAUGGAGAAGAACGUUUUGAGGGAGCUGAUGGACUAGAUAUAAGAGAAAAUGAACAUAACCACACACUUCCUCCCCCUAAGAAAAGACAAGGCAAGUUGGACGAGGAUGAAAACACUCUGAGUCCAAUCUAUGAUGCUGGUUAUUCUGAAGAUCCACUUGUACAGGAAUCUACUCAGCAACAACAUGACGAUCAACCUAUCAGUCUAGCACCAGCCACUCCCCUGCCUCAAAACCAACAGCAGCCACAUGCAACACAGGCUGUGCAGCCCAACCCUCAGCCUCCCCUGGUAAACGAAAUCGUCACCAUUCCAGCUCAGGCCCCAGGACAGCUUCCCACCCUCCUCCUCACACAGCCAGGCCAGCCCCCAAAGACUGCCCGCCCAGCCAACAACUGUCAGAACUAUCAGUCUCACGUCUUGACAUUCGUGGAGGGUUCUUACAGUCAUUGGCAGUCCUGGUGUUUUUGUGAGACACCAAACAUUCCAGAUAAUCAACAGGCCAUCAUGGAUAAUGGAAAUAAUGUAGUUUCUCAACCAUCAUCUUCAACUAUACCUCCUGCACCACCUGUACAGCAUCAGACUAUUGCUUACACUGAACUCCAGCAACCUCAGGCCCCUCCACAGUCUGUUGCAGUACAAGAAAUAAGUCAGCCAGAGUAUCAUCAGACCACCCAGUUUAGUAGCAGCUACCCUGAACCCUUGCACCACUAUGAUGACAGCCACCAUGCAGAGCAGCUCGACCCACUCGGCCAUCAUCACCACCAUCACCAUUCAAGCAACGAUCAAUCACAGCACCUCCACCAACCGCACAACACCCAUGAGGAAGUCAAGAUUGCUAUAGAUCCUCCCAAACUGUUUACUGUGCCCAACAUGAACCAGGAUAAUGAGCUGCAAGGACAACAGCAGCAGCAACAAUCACAACCUCAACAGCAGCAGCAGCAGCAUCAUGACCAGCACUCACAACAUUCACAACAGCAGCAGCAGCAUCAUGACCAACACUCACAACAUUCACAACAACAGCAGCAGCAGCAACAACAGCAGCAGCAGCAGCAGCAGCAGCAGCAACAGCAGCUUCAGCCACAUGCAGGACAAGACCCUUCAGAGCAGCACCAGCAGCAGGGAGAUCCUCAGGUCACUUUCCAGUAUAGUCUGACUGUCAGUAACCCGGCAACAGGUGAUAUUCAGAUUCAAAGUGAAGCAUUCCCGGCCAACCCACCUGAUCCACCUGCUGAUCCUCCCAUCAAAAAGAGGCGACUGACAAAGUCACUUGAAUCACAGGAUAUCAAAAGUUAUUAUUGUGAUUCAUGUCCAAAAACAUUUUCCAGGAUUAACCAUUUGCUCAUCCACCAGCGCACUCAUACAGGGGAGAAACCAUUCCAGUGUGGUGUAUGCUACCAGUCCUUCACUCACAAGAACAGCUUAACCAUUCACAUGCGGGGACACACUGGAGAACGCCCGUAUGUCUGUGGAACGUGUGGGGCCUCCUUCACUCAAAAGAGUAACCUGAGGGUUCAUUCCCGAACUCACACAGGUGAAAAGCCAUUCAAAUGCGAUGUUUGUAACCUUGCAUUCACUCAGGGAAGUCACUUAACCGCACAUAAAAGAAUCCACAACAACGAUCGCCCCUUUGCUUGCGAUAACUGCCAACAAACUUUUACACAACGCAGUGCUCUGAAACGGCACCUCAUGACUCACACAGGUCAUAAGCCACACAAAUGUGAGGACUGUAAUGCAAGAUUUUCACAGAAAGAUGAUCUGAGAAGACAUCAGCGUGUUCAUUCUGGUGAAAAGCCUAUCAGCUGCCCAUACAGAUUUUGUACCCAUUCAUUUGGUGAUAGAUCUGGACUCACUAGACAUGUACGAGUAACGCAUCGGGGUGACCCAGAACCACCUGCAGAGGAAAUAAAUAAAAUAAUGAAAAAGAAGAAGAAACCAGUCACAAAGCAGGGUACCAAUCAAGAUAGUACAAGCCCUAAAAACUCCAAAGUGAAGAACAAGGUAGUAAUCUCUGAGCCAACACGAUCAAGUAGACGCCUGCGUGAAGCAGCGGAGAAGAAGAAGGAAAAGCCAGAAGAUUCAGACUUUAUUAUGGGAGAUUUUGUUGAAAUUGAGGAGGACAUAAAGCCAAUGGUCCGACCAAAGCCUUCCAAGAAACAACCUGAGAAGUCUGAGAAACCAGAGGAGGUGAAAUCUGAAGCCAAAAAUAAAAUGGAAUCUUGGUGCUUCUGUGAAGUUCCUCAUGGUCCUGAUGAGCCUCAUAAUCACUCAAAUGUAGAUACCAAGCCUAGGACUGAGGAACCAGACAGUAUACUACCAGGAAUGGAGGAGUCUAACCAUCAGGGCCCAACCAAUUUGAUAGCCACUGCAGAUGUCACAGGAGCAACUUCCCUCUUGCAGCUAUCAAUGGAACAUGUCAACCACAACACUGGUACAUCAGGUGUGGAAGCAAACCUGCAGGGCCAGACUGUUGAUGGUAAUGUCCCUAUAAGUAAUGUUACAUCCAUGCUUGGGGCCACACAGGUUUGUGAAGCAUCAGUUAUUGGAGAACCUUCCAGCCAGCAAGCUCAGGCAACAUCUGUUGGUCAGACAGACCCAUCAGUCACUCAUAGCCUAACAAGUGGACAAGUGGUUACUGCCAUUGCUCAGCCAAGUGUGUCAAGUCAAACUAGUGGGAGGCUGAUCAGCCAGUCCAUGUUAGCACCUGGCCAGGUGGUGUCCACUGGCCAACUGGUUGGUGCUGGUCAGCUCAUGACACAAGAUGGAGCAAUAUUCAUAGAGGCUGGAGAGAUGCUGAGUAAUGGGACCGUUGUCAUAAAUCCUGGACAAGGAACUUACAUCAGCUACGACCAGAUCACCAUCAGCCCAGAUGGACAAGUACUUGGAGUUCCGGUUGGGAGUGCAGGGACUGAGACACUCAUGAUUCAGUCAGCGCCUGUUUCUGUGGAUGCUGCAUCAUCAAGUGGUGGAAGCUACUCUACAGGGACUCCGGUACAAGAGACCAGUUCCGCCCAGCCUGUCCAGUAUGCACCAUUGAGUGGUGAUGUUAUAAGCCUCUUUUCACAAGUCGAUACAAACAAAGAAGGUACAAGUUCCGAUCUUUCUGGUGAGAAAACACUUCCGGUGGUGGCCAAGCCUCUGGAUUGUACUGUCUGCGCCAAAUCCUUCGCUCAGAAGCGCACAUUAUGGACACACAUGCAAGACUCUCAUCCAGAACUAUUCAGUUGUCCGGAAUGCUGCGCAGCUUUCACUACAUUAGAAUACCUCACGCAACACAAAGCUCAACACCAGAAGGUCCAUGUGUGCACCAAGUGUGGCCUGGCCUUCACAAACAAAUCAUCCCUCACCAGACACCGACAGCAAAUGCAUUCUGGAGCCUCAUUGAUAACUGAUGACAAAAUGUGCACGUGUGAUAUUUGUGAAGCUAAAUUCCACCAACAGAGUGACCUCCGCCGCCACAUGCUGGGCCACACAGGUGAGAAACCGUACAGGUGCAAACACUGUGAGGCCGGCUUCACCCGCACAUCCAGUCUGAAUAAGCACAUGAGGAUUCACACUGGAGAGAAACCUUAUGUAUGUGAGGAUUGUGACCAGGCCUUUUCCUAUAGAUACCAGUUCAACAGACACAAGGCUACACACCGGCAGGACGAACAGAGGAGCAGCUACUCAAUGCCAUACGUCUACACUGAGUAAGUUGUAAUAAAACGGGCAAUUCUCUCUGCAUAUUUUACACUAAUUUAUAGGAGUGUAUUACAUUGUAUCAGUCAUUCAGUUUUUUUAUAUAAGUUAGUGAAAAUUGCCUGUGUCCCUUUUUCUUUUCCAAGCUAUCCCACAGUAGACAUCGAGCAUUUCUACCUUGGUUGCUUUCAUCGUGAGGCUGUCAUAUAUGUAAUUAAAGUGCAGACCAUUGCAUUCAAGCUUCACAUGUGAGCUCAUACCAGGAUCAAACUAAUAGGUUAUUAAUGUUUUGUAUGAACUUUGCCGUAAUAUAAGUAGGCACUUCAUAGAUGACUAUUUUUAGCUGUAUUUUGAUGAAUUUCACAGAAGUGGUUUUAGCUUCAUUGAUAUUUUGUAACAGAUGUCACUAUGGUGUAAAGAAAGUAUAGAGAUAUAUGGUAUUUAGUGUACAUGAACUAAGUAAUAAAUCCAGCCUUUUUAUGUUUCCUUUAUAUAAUAUGUAAUGUUAAUGCAAAGAAAUAUAAGUAAAUUUUUC